GGGGCCGGGCUUUUAGGUGGAGGAGGUGGCGCUGCCCAGUGGCGGGAGGAGGGAACCCACCGCAGAGCCGGCCGUGGUCUGGGCGCCGCGAUGUCCAGCCGGUACCCGGGCGGUUCUCUCCCCUGAGCCCGUUCGCCUCCAGGUCUCCACGCGCAAGGAGGAGGAGGAGGCGACCAUGGCGGAGGCUGGGGAACCGGGGCCGCGGGGAGCCGCUGGGGGCCCCGACGAGGAGGAGGACGAGGAGCGGGAGCCGCUGCUGCCGAGGCCGGGCCGGGCCCCGCCGGGCGGUGCCGUCAGGGUCGUCGGGGACCUCGAGGGAGGAGGGCUCGGCGGCGGCGACGAUCCGGGGGACGAGGAGACCGCAUCCGAAGGAGACGAGGAGGAAGAGCUGCUCCUGCCCGGGGGAGAGGCCGCCGACCCUGGCCGCCGGGGUCGUGGUCGGAGGGCUAGACGGAGCCCAACCUGCGACCGCCAUCGCCUCCUCUCGACAGUAAAUUUUGGAGGUACUUCAGAGAUGAACGUAUUCUUGGAGGAUCCAGAAUUUGCUGAUACAAUACUGAGAGCAGAACAAGCAAUAGACUGUGGAGUUCUCCCAGAAAGGAUCUCUCAAGGUUCAAGUGGAAGUUAUUUUGUUAAGGAUCCUAAAGGGAAAAUUAUUGGUGUCUUUAAACCAAAAUCUGAAGAGCCUUAUGGUCAUCUAAAUCCAAAAUGGACCAAAUAUUUUCAUAAGAUCUGCUGCCCUUGCUGUUUUGGCAGAGGUUGCCUUGUACCUAAUCAGGGAUACCUUUCUGAAGCUGGUGCCUUUCUUGUAGAUGAAAAGCUUGGUCUGGGAGUUGUACCUAAAACAAAGGUGGUCUGGCUUGUGAGUGAGACAUUUAACUACAAUGCAAUAGACCGUGCAAAAUCAAGAGGCAAAAAAUAUGCUCUAGAAAAAGUACCAAAAGUGGGCAAAAAAUUCCAUCGAAUAGGACUACCUCCCAAGGUGGGCUCCUUUCAGAUGUUUGUUGAUGGUUAUAAGGAAGCUGAUUAUUGGCUUAGAAAAUUUGAAGCUGAUCCUUUACCUGAGAAUAUUAGAAAACAGCUUCAGUCACAGUUUGAGAGAUUAGUUGCUUUGGAUUACAUCACCAGAAAUACAGACAGGGGAAAUGAUAAUUGGUUAGUUCGAUAUGAAAAACAGAGUGAUGGCAGUGAAAGUUCCGAUAAGGAAACAGAGUGGACUACUGGUAAAGAAUCUCUUAUUAAAAUUGCUGCAAUAGAUAAUGGUCUAGCAUUUCCUUUUAAACAUCCCGAUGAAUGGAGAGCAUAUCCUUUUCAUUGGGCUUGGCUUCCUCAAGCAAAAGUUCCUUUUUCUGAAGAAACUAGAGAAUUAAUUCUCCCACGUAUCUCUGAUAUGAACUUUGUGCAAGAUUUAUGUGAAGAUCUUUAUGAACUUUUUAAGACUGAUAAAGGAUUUGACAAAACCACUUUUGAAAAUCAGAUGUCUGUAAUGAGAGGCCAGAUUUUAAACCUUACUCAAGCAUUAAAAGAUGGGAAGAGUCCUCUUCAGCUAGUACAAAUGCCGCGUGUGAUUGUGGAACGAAGUCAGAGUGGAAGUCAGGGCCGGAUUGUCCAUUUGAGUAAUUCAUUCACACAGACUGUGCAUUGUAGGAAGCCUUUCUUUUCUUCCUGGUAGCUGAUGUAAGAUGAAGCACACUGGACUCUUGCCCUUAAUUACGAAUGUUAUAUAAAAGAUUUUGUAAUAAUGUCUGUACACAGCUCCAACUGCCAAAAACUGCCAAAAACCUCAGAUAACUUAAAUCUUUAAAAAGGUUGCUUUUUGAAUGUAAUCAAAAGUUUACAGUUUUUGUGUCCAAAAAUUGUGGAUUCUACGUCAGGGAAUAAGCAAGUAACUCAUUGUUUAUAUUGUAUUUUUAUAGGAUAAAUGUACUUUAUUGUGUUGAUGCUACUUUAAAAGAAAAUUUUACAGUUUACAUAUGCUGGAAUGACUAUUCACUUUGGAAUUCAAAAUAGAAAAUUAUAUGUCUGUUGUUCAGUUUGACUAUGAGAACGUGAGUUUGUGAGAUUACUCUUUAUAUUGCCCUUGCAAAUGAAGGGAAUAUCCCUGUUAAAUUUCUUCAGAUUCCAAAAUGCCUUAGUUUUGAAACUGACCCAUAUGGGUUUGAAUGCAAUAGUCAAUAGAAAAAUGAAUUAGAAUAGUUAUAUUGCAUUAAAAAAAGCUGCUGUUUCUGAAACUUGAAAAACGUACCUGAAAAACAGUCUUCUUUGUACUAGGGACCAAAAAAAUAGUUAAAUUUGCUUUAGACAUUUGUUCUUUUGUGUGUCUACUUUAAAAUUAUUUUUGGAGAAUUGUUCAUAUUACUGUUUUCUUUCUCUAAGAUCAAAGAAGACUUGGUAUAAUAAAGGUGCAAAAUUCAGUUUGAGAGUGAAAAAUGAGGGGUUUAUUCAUUGGCUAGUGUCAAAAUGAGUCUCUAGGUACUUAAGCUUUGAAGUAUUUAUCACUAAAUGUUCAUUUAUAUGUCUUGCCAUAGGAUCUAAGAACAAGCUGCUUUUAUUAAUAAUGAAUUUUUCAAAGUGAAAAAUUGUACCCCAAAAUAUAUAUGAGAUUGCAUUUGGGGCCCUACUGUGUACUGAGCCUUUAAAGCAGCUUAUUUUUUUUUUAAAUUAAUUUAUGUUAUUUGAUAUUUCAGUUUGUAUUCUAAUUAUAAGUCAGUUUUUUAAAUUAUCUGAACAACUGAUAGAGACAAGUUAAAUAGAUGAUCCUAAAAAUCAUUUACAUUUGUUUCUGAAAUGCAUUUUUAUAUUUAACUUGGCUAUAUCCGACACUGAGAAUUUGUAACACUUUGAAUUGAAUUGAAUUGAAAUUCAAAUUGAAUUGAAUUAAAUUGAAUUAAAAUAAGCUAUGUGAAAAUCAGACUUCGCGAGAAAGAGACUCAGCUUUUACCUCCUAUACUACUUAGCUCACUGAUCUCUUUGCCACUUCAUUCUGGGAGUGACCACAUUACUAUAUUACUCAGUUCGCCAUCACCAGAACCGUCCUUUCACAUUCUUGAGUUUACAGACUUGGUUGCUUGCACAGGCUGAAGGUGGAGGGAGGACUUUAAUUGCUUGUUGUAUAAAAGAGGUUUUCCUCAGAUGUUGAGCCAGAGUAAGACAUAGAGAAUUCCUUGGCUCUCUAGUUAGGUACCAUUUCUGACUUCUGGUUUGUGAGCAUAUUUUUGAGGCCACUGACCUCACAUUACAGAAAUGAAGUAGAAACCAUUGUCUUCUUGGUAUCUCCUGCAAAUAAUCUGAAAAGAGAAUCAUCCAAUUUAGGAUAAUAUAGAGUUGGUUGUAAAAUUUAAAAUGUAUCCUAAUCUGUUUUCUCAUGAAUAGUAAUUAAAAUUGGUGUUUCCAAAAGUUGUGACAUACAGGGGAAAAAGUACCUGUGUUAAGUGCUAUUUUUGAACAUUACUCUAGUUUUUCAGUAUUUCACGCUUUGCUAUGUUGUAUUUUUUAAUGGAAAACAGAAAUUUGCUUCAGUGCUAUUAUUUUAUGAUGCUAUAAGAGAAGCUAGCACGUCAUUAGGAUCUCCUAUUUAAAAUGGCCCAGUUAUGCCUUAAAACUGAAGGAAAUAUGCACAAUAAAUAUUUCUGAAUUCUGAAUGCAAGUCAGUAGAACAGUGAUAUUUUAUAAGCUUUUCAGAAUCUUAUUUCUUAUGUAAAUACUUCAUUAAAACUUUUUAAAAUGAGUAUAUUUGAAGUUGCCAAAUAGAAGACUUAAAAUAAUAAAAAUCAUUGUCUCA